AAUUUUUUUAUCUUACACACUUCUGCCACGGGGUGCCACCACUCAAAAUCUCCUGCCACCACAUUAAUAUUUUUCUAGAUCCGCACCUGACGUCAAGCAAACUCGGUGACACAUUUAAAUGUGCUUUAGACGUUGCUCAGCAACGAGCGCUUGUCCCCGGUGACCUGCCUCUACAGUUCCGUCGUUUGGGAAUUGACACACGAGCUAGACUGCCUCAGAACUAGCUGACCAUUGCUUGUUCUCGCCUUGUCGUUAAAACGGAUCUAGUCGUGCCCAUGGGGAACCCGGGAAUUGCAAAACUACAUCGUCUCGCACAUUAUGUCUUAAAGGCCAAAGGAAGUUUCUAUAUUGGGACAUGUCAGAAAGUUCCUCAGGAGUGAACACGAGCAGUGGCAGCUUUCCCAAGUCCCACUCCUCCCAGUUCUCUGAGUUCAGCGUCACACAGACACCUCUCUCCGUGGACCAGAGUCCCGACUCAGGAAUCGUAACAACCCCUCUUCCAUCCAGUAGGUUCAGGUUUGUGUCGUGGCACCGCCUCCAAGAGAGUGAUGUCACCGGAGACCAGCUCACCAGCCCCAGGGUCAGAGAAGGGCCUUCAGAGGAGGAGCUUUUCCUAAGAGAGGGUUUUGACGAUGCCCCAUUGAAGAGAGGGAGGCAUAGAAGAAGAGAGGAAGGGCAGAGAUGGGCAGAGAGACUACAGGAGAACUGGGAGAACUGCUUAGACCUGAACCUGUCCUACCAGGACCUUGGAGACCCCUACCAGCAGGAAAACUUCCUCAGGAUCCUGCACCGGCUGAUCCGCGUGGAGGAACUACAGCUGGUCAACAAUGCCCUCACUGACCUGAGUUCUAUACGACUGCCAAGAUGCAAAAGCCUGAACCUGCACAGGAACCAUCUGACAAGUGUGCGGCAGCUGCCAAAGCUUCCAGCCGUGGAGCACCUGUGUCUGUCUGAGAAUGCCAUCAUCACGUUGGGAGGACUGGGGGCGUUGGGGGCCACACCACUCCGGUCCCUCACCCUCACACGCAACCCAGUCACCUUCGCACCGGACUACCGCACAUGUGUUUUCUCUUUUUUGCCAAAACUCCAAGUUCUGGAUGGAAUCCCAAAGCUGCCAGAGGACUCUAUGACUCCCAGACUCCAACUUCCAGAAAACACCAGGAUGUGUAACAUUUUGUAACAGACACUAGCCCAUCAGAAGCAGUCCUGAAGACAAGGGUUGCUGUUUUACCUACCAAGUUAAAAACUCAGGGCAGACAAUAUUUUAAUAAAACAUUUACAGUAAACUACCUCAUGGAAAAUAAUUUCCCAUGUCUUGUUUCAUUGGUUUGUUAAAACUGGUUUUGUAUAUUUUUGUCAAAAUUUAAGUUGUGUUUGAGAGAGACAUAUCUUCAGACAUUAGUUACAUAGUAACGCUGUCCUACUAGCACAGAAGGUAGUAUAGACAUCCAGUAUGUGUGCCAUACAGCAGCUACCCCUGUACACCUGGCAGUGUUAUGGGUUAUCUUUCCAAGGCUUUAGUUUAUCUUGUUUGUCUCUCUGUACUCCCAUACUUCCAACAGCUUUCGAAUGACAGGUAAAUUACCUGUGUGCCUCCAGUCACAGGGAAAACAGAAAUGCUCCUUCUCUCAAAUGGACACAGAGGUGGGGGUCACAUUGAGAUCGUCCCAUCCUGUCAACAGUUGUUCAUUAAUUAAUAUGCAUCCCUGUAUUCUCUUAAUAAUGGUGUUGAUUUCACAUGCACCUGAAACCUGAUCAGACACAGAUGCUGUUAACACAAAGGGAUAGUUUACACCAUACUGUAACAACCCAUAGCAUACACAAAUGUCCUGUUUGAUAACUUAAUGACUGUGUGUGUAUGCUCUGACACAGCAGUCAUCUUCCUGCAUUCAGAUAAAGUAAAAGCUCUUCUCUGGGUUGUAAAGGAGUCUCUUUUGCUCCAUUGCCUCCUCCAGCUGCUCACUAACCGUAUGGCUACAUUCCAGCUGUACUUGCCAGUUCUACCAGUGCACCUACACACACACAUGAAACAUAUUAAUCAUUCCACAGUUUAACGUGGUGACCUGUCCAAUGUAGUCUGUUCUGUUUGAUUAGGAUAUGAGAAUAGGUUUGUAACUGGUUUAUAAAGAAACAAAUCUUUCUCACACAAUCUGGUUAAAAGAUUGUGGGGGGGGGAUCAGAUGGCUGAGCGGUUAGAGUUGGGCUAGUAAUGAGAAGG